GCUUUUCCUCCACAGAAUCAGAUCAGAUCAAUCAUCAACCUGCGCCCCGCGCGGUGACGCCACAGCAAUUCAUCCGUUCAGAGUGGCUAUCUAACCCCCCUGCUUCCAGAAGGAGUUAGCGAUCCCGCUGGGGGACGAACUGCUUGCCAAGCCUUAGAUGCAGAUCAUGACCCUGGCACGAUGAAUCCGGAGGGAAAGGCGUAUCAUGAGCGCUUCAUGCGCGAAGCCAUCGACAUGGCCGAGCUCGCCCUCCGCAGCGACGAAACCCCUGUAGGCUGUAUCUUCGUCCACAACUCCGCCAUCAUCGGACGAGGCAUGAACGCCACGAACCGCACUCUCAAUGGCACCCGCCACGCCGAGUUCAUUGCCUUGGCCCAGAUUCUGGAAAAUUAUCCUAUCAGCAUCUUGAAAGAAACAGAUCUCUACGUUACCGUCGAACCCUGUGUAAUGUGCGCCUCCGUGCUUCGUCAGUACGGAAUCCGAGCUGUGUAUUUCGGAUGUUGGAAUGAGCGGUUUGGAGGCACCGGGGGCGUGCUGAAUAUCCAUUCCGAUCCAAGUGUGGACAAGCCCUAUCCGGUGUAUGGAGGAAUUUUCCGCGAGGAAGCUAUUCUGCUGCUCCGAAAAUUCUACAUCCAAGAGAACGAGAAAGCACCGGAACCAACGAAAAAGAGGACCCGCGAGUUGAAGACAGAUAUCCUACCUAUGGAACUCCAUGGCCCGAAGCCCUGACUAUACACGUCGACGUCCUACUUGCAUGGAUUGAGCGGUUUACUGAUGACUUUCCACUAACUCUACUAAAGUUGAUGGAGGCAUGUUUUGAACCAAUUCGCCAUAUUCUCGAGUAAGUCUCACGUCCAGGAGAAUUAAAGAGUAUCAGGACCAGCUAUGAAGGGGAAGAGGUUUGCGAAGGACAUUGGAAACCCUACUCAGUUACCAUGAGAGAGCUUCGAGAACGACAUCAUACAUAGUCAAUGUAGAUAUACACCCUACUACAGCAACUAAAUACCAAGAAAAGAAG